UGCCAUAUUAAGCGUUCGGAAACAAAUGCAAAUCCACUAAAAUGAUAUGAGAAGAAAACUAGAUUCCUUUUGAUUAUAUGUCCCAUAAAGUUAUUGAUAAAAUUAGAGAAACAACUGAAUUCCCUAAAUGUAUCGUUCAGACCUGUUAUGACUGAGUCAGCGACAUAAACAUGCGGCUUCUGCAGACGAUGCCCCAAAGCUUGCUCUCGAGAGGUCCCUGAGCAAUGUACGGCAUGGGCACCAUAAGGAAAAACAUCUUCUUGGUCGUGGGCAUCCUGGUUGUGUUGGUUCUCCUUGACCAGCUCUACCUGCACGUGUGGCUGUCCUCCCCGCACACCGAAUUCCAGCGGUCUCUCCAUGUGGAUGACGUGCGGCAGUUGUUGCGCGCGGGGGAGGAUGCCUCACUCACGACCAUUUUGUUUGACCCGUUCAUUCUGCAUGCUUGGAACUCAAACCAGCAUGUGUCUGCGACAGGAGUGUGUAUUUUCCUGUGCCACGUCAUUGGGCCAUUGACUUUUGCCGUCACACAUGGGCAGCUUAGGGACAAGCCAGCCUUUCUUACAAGGUUGGCCCAGCUGGGGUUUACAGUCACUCUCUUCGAAAACCCUGAAGGAGAGCACUCACACGUGUUUUUGGUGCGAAAAGGAUCCCCUCUACACCUUGUCGUCCUGCACACUAAGUCAGCUGGUUACCUGCGACAGUAUGCCCUGAACGGACCUCCUCACAACAUGGCCCAAGUAAAACAGUACAUAACCAAAGAUACUUGGGAAAAUAUGAAGGUUGAUCGGGCAUAUGAACGCUUCAGUACAAAGGAUGCAAAAAUUGAUGAAGUUGACCUAACAGUUCCAAGUGAUAUUGAAGCAUAUGUCCGUGACCACAAAACCUCCCAUUUCAUCCCAUGUAAUGAAUCAAGAGCAACAUUCUACAACUUAAAGCAUAUGAAGGAAGAAACACCUGCUGAAGUUAGAUUUAAGCAUAAAGCUUGGAAAUUGCUGGCUAAAGCUAAGACACUGAUGGAUCAGCUGAAAAUUCCUUUUUGGCUCAGCAGUGGUACUUGCCUUGGAUUUUAUCGGCAGUGUGACAUCAUACCUUGGGCGAUGGAUGUUGACAUUGGUGUGUUCAUCGAGGACUAUAACCCAAGACUCAUUGAAGAAUUUCAGAGGAGAGGAUUGAGAUUAACACACAAGUUUGGCAAAGUGUCUGACAGCUUUGAACUCUCUUUCAAAGAGGAAGACAUUAAAUUGGACAUAUUUUUCUUCUAUACUGAAGGAGCCACUAUGUGGAAUGGAGGAACACAGGCCAAAACAGGGAAGAAAUUCAAAUAUAUCUUCCCAGCUUUUACUCUAUGCUGGACAGAAUUCUUAGAUCUAAAAGUGCGCAUUCCAUGCCAGACGGAAGAAUACAUCCGAGCAAAUUAUGGGCCAUCAUGGUUUACUCCCAUCAAGCAUUGGGACUGGAAGAGCAGCCCGCCCAAUGUCAGAGAAAAUGGGAUGUGGCCCGAAUCCAUGUGGUCUGAGGUUAUUGUGGUUAAUGAAGGUUGAAGACGGUAGGGUGUUGUCAUUAUUUAAUGCUGUUUGAUUAAAAUCAUGUAGGGCAAGAAUAUAUAGUUGGUUUUAAUUUAAGAUCUCAAAUUCAAAUAAUACAUAGUUGAUGCAUGAUUUGAAUCUAAAAUUUAGAGGUUUGUUCAUUGUUACAAAUGGUUGUAUACUAUAUUCUCCUGUAAGUUAGUCAAAGGUUGCUGAUCAGAAAAUCUAAGAAAAGGCAAUUGUUGGUUGAUUUUUCUUUUCUUUUUUGAUAUUCAGGUUGUAAAAGAAAUGGUAUUGAUUUUGCUCCUCUGGGAGGAAAUUUUAAGAUACUGCAUUGCUACUUGAUGUAAAAAAAAAAGACUAGGUGGCUAAAGAUGUUUAUUGUUAUAGUAUGGUAAAUUAUUUAUUCAUAAUAAGGUUAUCAUUGAUAUUGUAUUAUAUAUUUUUACUUAUUUUAUUUACUUUACUGAAUUGAUUAGUUCUAUUUUCAGUAGAGCCUAAUCAGUGUGUUUAUUUUGAAUUUGUGUGAUCCAACUAGUGGUGCUACAGACAGACUUGGCCAUAAAAUUUAUUAGGUUGUAUGCAUGAGACAAUAUAACAGUUUGC